GUUGAGUCUGCACGUUUCAUUAAGACCUUUGGGUUGCAGCUCCCUUCAUAAAUAACCACUCCUUGUUCUUGGUUGUUCGUGUUCCAUCUCCUUGCAGCACCAAGACGAAAGCGGAUCCGCGCGAGAUGAGAAACCCACCAGACGAGCGCUGCAAGAGCAGGAAGUUCGUCAGGCAGAUGAAAAGUGCUUCUAAGGUUAAAAAACAAAUCACUAGUUAUGCCGGUAGUUCAAGCAGUUCAGGUGAUUAUCCCACUGAGAGAGAAGGGUCAGAUGAAUGCCGAAGCGGUAGCUCAAACCGUCGUGGAAAGCAAGUACAGAGAGAGAGGGCCCCAAUAUCUUCUCCAUCCGAGCAGUUCUCAGGACACGAUUCAUCUGAAGAUGAGUCUCUGGAACCGGAAGAUUAUGUCCCACAGCGCCAAAAAAAGAUGGAUUAUGUCUUCCAACGGAAAUACAAUCUUACAAAAGUACAGGUGGAGAAAAUAGACGCAUUUGUCCGGAAAAUUCAACCUACAAUCCCUGUGCUUGUAGUAAUAAUGAAUAAGACCAAUGUGAACCAAUAUCCUGAUCUGGCAAUACUUAAAGCUUACGCAAUCAAAUACUUCCCAUGCAAAUCCCAAGCCAUCACAGUUAAGCUGCCAGAUAAAAGUAAGGAUUGGUCAUGCGAUUUUCGCAUCAGACCUGAUGGAAAUGGACGGAACCUCUAUUUGGGCAAGUUUGUUCGUGAUAAUCGUGUUUGUGUGGGAGAUAUCUGCAUCUUUCAACCAGUGACAAAUGUUGAUGCAAGAAGAUUCAUGGUGACAGUCCACCUCUUUCAUGAAGCAAGCGGUCAUCAUUACCCUGUUGGAAGAAAUUCUAUUGGCACAAAUCAUGGUAUUACACCAAAAGGCUUUGAUGAUAUUACCAAACAACAUUCAGGAAGAAAUACAUAUGCUAGCUGUCAGAAGGGUAGUUCAAGGGGGCGUCGAAAUAUUGGAAAAAUUGCAGCAAAAUCCACUUCACUUGAGGAAUCAGGAGACGACAGUCCUUCAGAAGACGAUUCUUUUGAGUCCGAGGAUCAUCGGGCACCCCAAGGACCUGGAUAUGCGUUAUCACUUGGGAGUUGCCUAUCUGGAGUACAAUAUGAGAAAGUGACUGCACUUAUCCAGACAAUUCAACCAGAAACUGCUGUAUUUGUUGCUCUCAUGAUUCAGCGUGAUGUUCAACUACCAAGUCCUCUACUGAUCAUCUCCGAGGAACAUGCUAUUGCACACUUUCCGCAUAAAAGUGCAUCUGUCACUCUUCAGAGACCGUACAAGACCAAGAAAUGGCAUCCCAGAUUCUACAUGAAAGAAGAUAGAAGCGAGUACAUGCUUACAGGGCAUUGGUUAGACUUUGUCUGUGACAACAGUGUGCAGGAGGGAGACAUUUGUAUCUUUGUAGCAGCAAAAGGUGGGAGAAGAUCCAAGUUUACAGUCCAUCUACUUCGCGGAGAAACAACUCGUUCGAUGGCUGGGGUUGGUGGUGUUCAAGGGGCUGGCUCAAGCCAAGCUAAGAAUAAUAUUCAGGAGGAAUUUUCUGAUGGAGAAAACGUUUCCUCAGAAAGUAACAUGCAUGUAGUUUCUCAUCAGUCUCUAGAGAGUGAAAACUCUGGUAGUCUUUUGGAGCCUCCUUACAUUCUACCAUCCAAGAGCAGUCUAUCUCGAUCUGAGAAGAAGAUUGUCCAAGCGAAAGUCCAAGCGAUCCAAUCUGAAGUUCCCAUUUACGUUUCAAUCAUGAAAAAGAGCAACAUUGGUGCCAUUAGGCACCACAUGAUGGUAUUGGGUUCGCGGUAUGCUGCUAGACAUCUUCCUCACAAAAACCAAACGCUGGUGCUCGAGUGCAAUGGCAAGUCAUGGGAAACCAAGAUGGUGACGAGUCGGAACCGCGAUGGUAGAAGGUGGUUUCUCAGUGGAGGCUGGUCCAAAUUUGCACGUGGCAACCGUCUGCGGAUCGGUGACAUUUGUCUGUUUGAACGGAAGAAGAACAGGAGGGAGCUUACCAUGAAGGUCCAUAUCAUUCCAGCAAGAAGCAGUGCUAGUUCGUAGUUGGAGGGAACCUGCUCUGUCCAUGGCUACUUUGUCGGUUCUUUUGCCUGUUUUGUAAUCUGAAACCAAACUAUGUGUACAAAUGGUGUUAUCAAAUUUCGGACUUUCAGUGGCGUUCACCGAA